AUGAGGAACUUGGUCUAUCUCCAAGCUGUCAUCAAGGAAACGCUUCGUCUAUACCCAGCUGCACCAUUGUCAGGGUCACAUGAGUCAAUGGAGGACUGCACCGUAGGUGGCUUUCAUAUACCAAAAGGAGCAAGGCUUCUCGUUAAUCUCUGGAAGAUGCAUCGUGAUCCACGGGUCUGGCUAGACCCUUGCGAGUUUAGGCCAGAAAGAUUCUUCACAACCCACAAGGAUUUUGAUGUUAGGGGCCAAAAUUUCGAAUUUUUAACAUUUGGUAGUGGCAGAAGAAUGUGCUCUGGAGUAUCAUUUGCCCUUCAAGUGAUGCAACUUACGUUAGCUAGCUUGCUAUAUGCAUUUGAUAUUCAACUCCAUCAGAUAAACAAGUUGAAUUAG